AUGACUACAGCUACACGGCCUAACGGCUUUCCUAACCUCGCCAUGAACCCCCCGAGUGACAAGGCUUCGCAGCCUCUCGGAUCGACCUUCGGCCAUUCGACUUGGCAAUCGGGUGGCAUCUGGGGAAAUGGCGCCAUUGGUGGCUCGUUGAACACAAGACGAGAUAUGACAGGCUCCAGAGGUACCACAGAAUCGGACGAGCACUCUCCCAGCGCCACCUCCGGCUCCGCACAACUGAACAACAAUUCACAGGCCGCGCCAUGGGUUUCUAGAGGUGGUAUAUGGAAUCAGCCCGGAAGUUCGUCUUCUGGGAGCACUUCACCAACACGCACAAGGGAUGGAUACCAGCACAACUUCCCCGAAGGCCCAAACAACUCUCACCUCUACCACUUACGACAGCCGGUAGGCCAGAAUGGUUCUUCCGCUUCGAACCGAACGAUGCCUCCUGGCCCUUCGGAUCUCUCAACGUCGUCGUUCAAGUACCCGGGAAGUUUCGGGGAUUCUGUUGGUGACGAACGGGGUGGUUCUGGUUUAUAUGCAUCGAACGGCAACACACAAUUAGACCUCGAAGCAGCGUCAGGACUCUACCGACGUAACUCAAACGACCCCACGUAUUCUAAUCUCGGCCAUAGUCGCCAAAACACCCUCGCAUCACGACAGGGUGAUUCUGAUGUGCAAACGCCCUCUCAUCGUUAUGAUAACGGCGCCCACUUCGCGUUCACCAAGCUCUCGAAACCACAGCAAACCCAGCGUCCUUCUAUUUCCGGUGCUUCGGUCACGCUGCCUUCGGAGACAGGUCGUUCUAAUGCUUUUGCUUCCUUUGGAUCGGUCGAUGCCACCAACCAUGACCUUGAGGAUACUUUUAACCGAGCCCUAGCCUUAGAAGAUAACUCCGAUUCUAUAACGAGCGGAUAUGCGACUAACGGGCACUUUAAUCCUAACAGCCAGCCGUUCCAGUUUAACCCCGGUUCGCAACCAUGGCAGCACGACCUAGGAAACAACAACGCGAGGGCAUUCGGCCAAAACAUGCAAGAAUCCUGGGCUGAACCCCUCGCCGCGUCAUUAUACGGUACCCGGAGGGGCCCAGGCGAGAGAGGAUCGCCUGCGGGUAGUUCAUAUCGUACUAGUGUGAAUAGUCCGAGAGGUUUCUCGGGAACUCCAAACCCCAGGGCCGAUCCAUGGAGUAGGCCAGGUUCGCGAGACCCAAGAUUACUUCAGGAUCUCGAUCGAGCGCAGCAUGGUUCGCAGUUCCUACAGCAACAGCAAUCUGGGUUCUAUCCUCCUUACUAUAAUGCCGGUCUGUCUCAAUUCUCGACCCCUUACGAUCAGUACGUCCAGAACCCAAGCUUGCGCUCUCAGGUGCAGCUCCCGGGUUAUGGAUUACCCAUGAACUAUACCAUGCCCGGGCUUCCAGUUCCCAUUCGACCCAGCAGAGAUCAGGAUCCUGGCAAGGGCGUCCGUAGUGUGCUUCUUGAAGAGUUCAGGGGGAACGCCAAGUCCAACAAGCGCUACGAAUUAAAGGAUAUCUACAACCACAUUGUCGAAUUCAGUGGCGACCAGCACGGUUCACGAUUCAUCCAGGAGAAACUGCAGACAGCGAACAGCGACGAAAAAGAUCAGGUUUUCCGAGAAAUCGAGCCCAACACUCUUCAGUUAAUGAAGGAUGUCUUCGGCAAUUACGUCAUUCAGAAAUUCUUUGAACACGGAAACCAAGUUCAGAAGAAGAUCAUCGCAGCACAGAUGAAAGGCAAGGUUGCGGAGCUUUCGACCCAGAUGUACGCGUGCCGUGUCGUGCAAAAAGCGCUUGAGCAUGUGCUAGUAGAGCAACAAAUUGAGAUCGUGGAAGAGCUGAAGCCUGAUAUCAUGCGGAUCGUGAAGGACCAAAACGGAAAUCACGUUAUCCAAAAGAUAAUCCAGAUGGUACCGCGUCUCUGCAUUCCGUUCAUCAUGGAUGCCUUCCAAAGCCAAAUCGAGUCAUUGGCGUCACAUAACUACGGUUGCAGGGUUAUCCAGAGGAUCCUAGAAUAUGGGACGGAGGCGGAGAAGAAGAGUUUGAUGACGGAUCUUCAUGCUUGCGCGGCUAGACUUAUUACUGACCAAUAUGGUAAUUAUGUUACGCAGCACAUCAUCGCGCAGGGCGAACCAGAGGACCGACAGCAAGUGAUCCAACUCGUUCUUCAGAAACUGCUAUUCUUUUCUAAGCACAAAUUCGCAUCGAACGUGGUUGAAAAGUCGAUCGAAUACGGAACGAACGAGGACCGGAAGGCCAUCCGAACUCAACUCACUGCUUUGCACAGCGAUGGCACUAGCCCACUUCAGCUCAUGAUGAAGGAUCAAUUUGGAAACUACGUGAUUCAAAAAUUGAUGCAACAUCUUGAGGGACCAGAUCGCGACUCCUUCAUUGAAGAAAUGAGACCUCAUUUUGCAAACCUCAAGAAAUACAGCACCGGACGACAGAUCACGGCGCUUGAUAGGUUGAUGUCUGCAAGCACGGUCGGUCCAGGAUCGGGCUUUGGUACCGCUUCCGGUAGUCCCACUACGCCUAAUCUACUCGUCGAAGUCAACUCCUCUGCUCCCACCCCGUCGCUCACCAUGGAGCAAAACAGUCCGGAGACUAGCAGUCCACCAAGUACUAACUCUGCACUGAUAGAAGAGUCCACGAGCGAAAAGACUGUCAAGGCGUCGCUCAACCAAACUUGCCGGACGGUCCAGGUCAACGAAUCAUGAGAUAUUAAUAGGCACCUACUACGCAUCCGCAGGAUGUGUUUAGUAUAUUCACCUUCUUCGUCGAAUAAUCUAGUCUAGUUGCCUGAGCUAGACAUGAAUCAGUCACCCGCAUAUCACCCUUAUCUAUUACUAUUUCGACGACUUGAAAAUGGCACGGGCGCAUAGAGAACAUUCCUGCAAAUAACAUAGAGAUAUCGAAGGCCUCUAGUCAAUCUACAUGACACCAUGCAACAUAAAGCUUACCACAUAAUAUCGGGUUUUUAAUGGUCCGUUUCGCAUCAACGAGUUCUAUUCUGAUGUGUCCUUUUCACAAAUUGGUUUAUUGGUUCCAGCGGCUGGUUUAGGGAGACAGACGGCCGCUCCCAUCCACGCAGGUUUAGGCGUAGGGCGUUCAAAGGGUUUCGUUUCCGGGCUUUGGGAUGUGGGUAGGUCACAGGGCAUUGGGGCGCGAAGCCCGGAUGGAACAUAGCAAGCGGUGGGCCGUCACGGAGAACAAACGGACGGCGAAAUGAACACAAAAAGCAAGAAUUCACGGGACAGUGUUUGUAUUUCUAUCU